AUGAAGAAUUUGUUAGUUCCACUUACGUGCUUGCUCAUUUCAAUAUCUAUAUUGAAAGUAAAUGCAGAAGAAACUCCAAAUUGUACCUUUAAAAAUGAUACAAUAAGUUAUGAUCUUUCAAAACUAAGGAAGGAUUCUAACGAAUAUUACGAAGUGGCAGUUUCGGAAAAGAAGUUUGCUUUGAACGUUUGUGAGGGUCUAAAAGAUAAGUCGAAAGAUGGCGCUUCUUUAAUAACCGAUGACGAAUGGAUAUCUUUAGGGAAGAAAAACUCGACACUCUAUAUCCAAAACGAUGAACUUUUUUUAAAUUACAAGGAUGGCGAUAAAUGCCCAGAUGAUGAUAAUAAUAAAAGAGAAACAUUUAUUCGUUUUAUAUGCGACAGAACAAUCGAGGGCCAAGGAGCUCCAAAGCUUCUUUUAAGUUCAAGAGAAUGUGUAUAUAUAUUUGAAUGGAAAACAUCCGUUGCGUGCCCAGAAAGCAAAACCGAAAAUAUGGGUGGUUGGGGUGUUUUCUUUACGAUCUUCUUUAUUGCGUUUCUGGUUUAUUUCAUGGGAGGAAUUGUCUAUAAUCGAAUGGUACAUAAUGCUGUUGGUUUCAGUCAAUUACCUAACUGGGAAUUUUGGAGAGAUGCAUGGGAUUUCGUCAAGGAUAUGUUUUUGAUAUUAGUGUCGCAAUGUCCUUCAUUCGGAAGAAGAGCCCCAAGAAAUUAUAGGAAUUUGCCUGUAGACGAGGAAAAUAUAUUAAUUGGUGAAGAAUUCGAGGAACAUUAA